CUGCCCACUCUUGAUCGACCAGCGAUAUUCGGACCAAAGCUACACAGUAUAUUAAUGAACUUCAAUACAUCUUCCACUAUUUCUCUUAUCUGUUGAACAAGAUAUUCCCCAAAGUUUUAUGGUAUCCCACAGUCGAAACAAUGGCAUCCACGAAGCCCAAGAACAUCGUCUUCGACAUAGUCGGCACCCUCAUCUCCUACGACAAAAUCUUCCAAGCCCUCGAAACUCGCCUAGGCCCCAAACUGCUCGCUGAAAACAUCAAACCCUCUCUCCUUGGCUACACGUGGCUCGAAGCUACGGAACGAGAAUAUACCUACCUGAGUUUGUCUGGUAGAUAUGUACCGUUCAAGAAAGUGUUUGAGAUGCUGUUUUGGAGGAUGUUGUGGAUGGCUGGUAUUCAGGAACCGAGGGAGUUUGCGACCAAGGAGGAUUUGGAGUUUGUGAUGGAUGAGUAUAUGAAGUUGGAGAUGAGACCUGGUGCUAGGGAGUGUGUUAAAAAAUUGAGGGGUGCAGGGUUUACUGUUUGGGCCUUCACAGCUGGUGAUUUGAAUAGAGUAGGUGGUUAUUUCAAGCAUGCAGGGAUAGAGAUGCCAGAGGAGCAUUUGCUUUCUUGCGAUACGACUGGAGUUGGCAAGCCUUGCCCCGAGGCUUACAUGCCACUGGUGAAGAAAUUGAAGGAAAAGGGUGGUGAACCUUGGUUUGCAGCUGCACAUAUGUGGGAUGUGAGCGCAGCAAGGACUACUGGGUUCAAGGGUGCUUAUUGUACAGUGUGGGAGAAGGAGCCGCUGCAAGAAUUGUUUGGUGAUAUGGAAGUUAUCGCCAAUACUUUGCCGGAAAUGGCUGAGAAGGUGAUUGCUCAAGCGGCGUUGUGAGCUAGACGGAAUAGGCAAUUGUGAAGCGUCGUACAUAACGGUCCAAUCAUAUUGAGGACCAUCUCACUCUUCGGAAGAGAUACUAUUAGAGCCAAUUACUCACCUUGGACUUCGUUGUAUAUAAGAACAGCAAAU